GACUUUAUUUAGAUUUUAGAGACAGCUUGCCAAAGAAAAACAGUCUCGACUUUGAAGCCAAUAAAGCUUUCUUUUAUAUAAUAAUGUUGUAUUUAUUUCUUCUCUCCAACUCACCAACUCCACUUCUUUCGUUCCGUUUUGCCAUGGAAGUCUUUCCCAAGCUCUUCUUCGUCUUCUUUUCGUUUCUCGCUCUUGUUUCCGCCGAUCUCCUACCCGGUGCUCAUACAUUGCCCGACAACCCAAUUACUCGCUCGCCCCACGUCAACUCCAACUCAGUCCUCGUUGCUCUCCUCGACUCCCACUAUACCGAGCUCGCCGAGCUCGUGGAGAAGGCCCUCCUGUUGCAGACACUCGAAGACGAGGUGGGCCACCACAACAUCACCAUUUUCGCCCCUUUGAAUGAGGCCCUCGAGCGCGGUCUCGACCCAGAAUUCAAGCGCUUCCUCCUCGAGCCCGGGAACGUCAUGUCCCUGCAGACCCUCUUGCUGUCCCACAUUGUCCCCAAACGAAUUGGUCUACACGAAUGGCCCAAGUUAGCCACCGACUCUGGUCUCCAUGACUCCCUCGCCCGCGACCCAGUCGAGUUAACGAGUCAGGAUUCGGGUGAGAUGUUCGUGGGUUCCGCAAGGGUGAUACACCCGCACGCCGUGAACCGUCCGGACGGCGUUAUCCACGGGAUCGAACGGCUGUUAAUCCCACAGUCCGUGCAGCAAGAUUUCAACAACCGCCGGAGCCUUCGAUCAAUUUCGGCCAUCAAACCAGAAGGAGCUCCGGAAAUCGACCCCAGAACAAAUCGGUUGAAGAAACCCACGCCACCGAGCAAACCCGGUUCGCCGCCAGUUCUCCCUAUCUACGAUGCCAUGGCUCCCGGUCCGUCCCUAGCUCCAGCUCCGGCGCCAGGCCCUGGAGGGCCCCACCACCACUUCAACGGCAUCGAACAAGUCAAAGACUUCAUCCACACCCUCUUACACUACGGCGGGUACAAUGAAAUAGCCGAUAUGUUAGUGAACCUCACUUCCUUAGCCACCGAAAUGGGAAAGCUCGUGUCGGAGGGGUACGUAAUAACAGUCUUGGCUCCGAACGACGAGGCCAUGGCUAAGCUGACCACGGACCAGUUGAGUGAGCCAGGCGCGCCAGAACAGAUACUGUAUUACCACAUUAUACCGGAGUAUCAGACGGAGGAGAGCAUGUACAAUGCGGUGAGGAGGUUCGGGAAAGUGAAGUACGACACGCUGCGGUUGCCGCAGAAGGUAAUGGCCCAUGAGGGCGAUGGGUCGGUGAAGUUCGGUCAGGGCGAGGGGUCGGCGUACUUGUUCGAUCCCGAUAUUUACAUCGACGGGAGGAUUUCGGUUCAAGGGAUUGACGGGGUUCUGUUCCCGGAAGAGGAGACCAAAAUUGUUUCACAUGCUUCUGCUAAAGUCGCAGCAAAACCCAGGAGAGCAACAUUGCUUGAAGCAGCUUGUCGGAUGCUUGGGGCCUUUGGACAAGAUUCUCAUUUCACCUCAUGCCAUUGAAGAAUAUGAGAAAAUGCCAGUUCCCAUGCCCCGAGAAGAACACUUAAAGAAGAAGAUAGAGUACUCCCUUGUCAAAGCUCAAAUUCUAUGCAUGCAUGAUUGCAUUGGAAGGGAAGGUUCCUUGCACAAGACUUUUGUAUUCGAUUUGUGUCUGAAUAAGGGCGGUGCCUAGUUGUCCAAUUUUAGUUGGUGAGAUGGGGAAUUGAUUUUGUUGAUUUAGAUGGACCACGAAAUGUCUAUCAAGUGGAUUUCAUCUCAAUAAAAAAGAAAAAAAUUACGAAAAAAAAUGAUUAAAAUUGCAAAUUCAUGGCUUGCAAGGUGAAAAAAAAUGUAAUUAUUGUAAUUAUGUGUUUGUGAAAUUCUGUUCUUCUGCU